CACCGAAGCAGAUGCAUAUUCAGACACAGAGACAGAGGAAAACUCAAACACCGAAGCAGAUGCAUAUUCAGACACAGAGACAGAGGAAAACUCAAACACCGAAGCAGAGGCAUUUUCAGACACUGAGACAGAUGCAUAUUCAGACACCGAAGCAGAUGCAUAUUCAGACACAGAGACAGAGAAAAACUCAAACACCGAAGGAGAUGCAUUUUCAGACACUGAGACAGAUGCAUAUUCAGACACUAAAGCAGAUGCCCAUUCGGACACUUUAACAGAUGCAUAUUCAGACACAGAGACAGACGCAUAUCCUGACAUAGAGGCAGGUGCACUAUCAGACUUAAAGGAAGAUACACAUUCAGACUUAGAGACGACAGCAUUUCUUACUUUAAGAAAAGCGAGAACAGCAACGGACUAUUCAUACCCCGAGGAGGAAGAAUACUCAGACGCUGAGAUCGAAGCACUGGAAGGGGACUUUAUCGAAGGUGCCUUCGUUGACUUCAGAAACAAACAGGUCCUCGAUCCGGAGGAGAAAUUCUCCAUACAAUGGACAGUUGAUUGGCAAGACCAGGUCAUAAUGAUACAAAUGGCAGCCGAGACUAGAGGAUGGGUAUCGCUCGGCCUUUCGCCCGGCGGUAAGGUCACCGGCGCUGACCUCAUCACAGGCUGGGUUGACGGAGCGGGCCAGGGUCACAUUCGGGAUCAGCACGGCACACAAGGCGAUGUAAUCGAAACAGACGACCACUCAGACUGGGUCCUCCUCUCUGCCGUGGAAAACGAGACGCACACCGUUCUGGUCGUCAGCAGACAACUCAACACAUGCGAUGUGCACGACCUACCGUUUUUGGACACCAUCAAAAGGAUCAUCUACGCAUAUUCCCAGGAGGACCCAACCAACGUCUCCACGAUCACUUACAGUAACCAGGGCGUCAAGAACGGCUCGAGGUACCUGUCCUUUCUGCUGGGGGACCCGGGGGAGGUGAGGGGCGCGUCCGUGUGGUCCUUGAACUUCAAUCAUACACUCGGCAAGAAAAGCAGGAGAAUUACUUGGUGCAAGAUAGAGAAGUUUCCCCAGGCUGCCGAGAAGGAGGAGGAUAGGGUCCAUUACAUAGGGUUUGAUUUCCACCACGGCGAGAAUUCGGAGGUCCACCUGAAACAUGUAGCCAUCUACGAGUGCGCGGGAGACGCCAACUCUUGGACGUACCACCAGGAGAGGGCGAGGCUCGACCACUACUCCUCCCAGAAGGGCCACGCCUGCUACAGCCACGACACGCCCUCCGAUUACUCCAAGUGCAACCUCAACGUCAUCCUUUGGACACCACGAACAAAGGGUGUCAGGGAGCCAGAGCAUGUUGGUGUUCCACUGCUGUCGAAUGACGGGUCACCUUCCUACUUCAUGGUCGAGGCUCAAUAUGAAAAUAGCAACUCGAUGCCUAACGUCAACGUGCAAUGGAAAAUGGACGUCUAUUACACAAGAACGCUCAGGCAGUACGAAUCGGGCAUACUGAAAGUGGGGUCCACGCUCAACUUCGCCAUGUUGAUACCGCCCGGCCAGAAGACCUGGAAGAUUGCAGGUCACUGUCCAGAUGGUUGUCUCAACGAGGCGGUGCCCAAUUCGGGCAUCAAGGUCUACCAGGUUCUCCUCCAUGCCCAUUCCCUUGGCACAGCAAUGCGUAUACGUCACUUCCGCGACGGAGAGGAACUACAGCCCAUAAUCACUGACGAUUAUUACGACACAAACUUCCAACCAAUCCUUUCCUUGUCGGAAGAAAGGACUGUGCUCCCCACGGAUCACCUCACUACAGAAUGCGUCUACGACAGCAGCAGCCGCCAGAACUCGACAUUCUCCGGUUAUGGAGACGCAGACGAGGCCUGUCUCGCCUACCUUUUCUACUAUCCGCGCGUCAGUCUCGCAGAGUGCUCCUCCGUCACCCACCAUGACGUCAUCAAGGCUGAGUUCCAUACUGGAGAACUUGAAGACGAAGAGAAUCUACUACUACAGUCUCCCCUUCUGGAACCUAUCAACCCUCGACUUCCACGAAAGGGUGACGUUUUCUUUCAAGAUUACAUCAACGCUCUGAACUGGUCCGAAUUUGAUAUGAGGAAUAUACAGGAGGAUCUCUACAGAGGACCCCACGUGACACGAUGCUUACUGACGGCGGGCAUACCUGCACAGGUCAGUAAAACGACGGCUGAGUUUCCCGAAGCCUACGAGUACGAGGAACUAGAGGGUCAGUGCCCUAGCAUCCUUCAGCGGGAGUCUACCUCCAACUCGCAAGUGACAAGAACUUCUCGCUGUGUGUUACUCACUACGCUUCUCUUCCAUACAAUAAUGAUAUUACUUUUAUGGUUAUAAAGUUUAUAGAUAUUAUUCAAUA